GCUAUGGAGCCCUUCCCAGUAUUGCUGUCAAUCAGAGACACAAUCUCGAAAAUCGCUUCGUGCUCAAUGAGUUAAUCAACCGGUCAAGCUUUCUGAGAAACAAUUCAAACGUGGGGAAAAAAAAAAUCGCUCCAAGUGAGCGCUAAGGUAAGAAGGGAGGGCAGAAGACAUGGAGGUAUCAGUUUCGGCGGCUAUGGCUGGGCUUGUGUCGUCAGCAUCCCAAUCAAGGGCAGUUGCCACGUGGGCCAAUGUCCGAUCAGUGGCGCUGGGGGGUGAGGGGAGAGGAUAUGUAGCCAGGUGUUCCGACGUCGGUGAAACCCUGCACCCACUUCUCCCAAUCCUCCCUCGAGCUGCACUUCGGGCGUCCGAAACACAGAUGCGCGGACGCCGAGGCGGGUCGCUGACAGCUCGAGUCGCGGAAAGCAGGGGAGCGAAGCGGGAUUGUACCUGCAGUUGGCGGGAGGAAUUCUUACUUUCCCGCACUUGCCGGCGGCGGAGAGUCCCCGCGCUACUCGCUCCUUCCGCCGCCACCUUCUCCGCCGCCACCUUCUCCGCCGCCUCUUGCGCUCAUCUUUGUGGCGAUCACCGUGGGCCAAGAUCAUGCCUUGUUACGAGGGGACUUUUGUUCCCUCGUGUUGGCAAGGCCGCGCCUUUGAUGUCUCGUGGUAACGGGCGCGGACGACGGGGUGGCGGCGGAAGGGGGGGGAGCUGGGAAAGUGGGGAGAUCGGCGGAGAUUGGGCUGGCAUCGGCUCGCGGAAUCACAGAAUUGCGCACAGAAUUGCGCUCAUUGUGAUGUCGACAGGUGGCAUUGUCGAGUUCUCCUCCGAGGAUUUCGUCCUUGACCGCAUGCUUGGAACCUAUGGUUACUUAAAUGUGUCCAGCUACACACCUCCAUCACCGGGAGCUCGUGGAGAUUCCAUCGUAGAUGAAAACGCAGCUGCAGGAUAUGAUUUGCGAGAUAUGGAGAGACUCGGUGGCCAAGUCCUGGAGGAGGGGGAGGUGCAAAUCAGGUUAUAUGUGGGUCGGAUCAUCCGCGGAGAGAGACGAAAUGUCCGGGUUAUUCUCAAAGCUUAUCCAGGGCGGAGGGCUGCUUCCGGGGCCAGAGCGGAUGCCAUGGCUGCCAAUGAGCUUGCAGCGCAUGCAACUCUUCAGACAACUGCGGAUGGUGAGGACCCUUCCGCGAACAUCUGCAAGCUCCUUGGAGGCUUCCAGACUCGUGCUGGUGAGCAGUGGCUUGUGUUCAGGAAUGAUGGGACGAUUACUGCAGCAGAUUAUGCCUUGGCUGCUGCUCAAGCAUCAUCGGAAGGAAUGGCACUUGGAGAAGGAGAAAUAUUUGAUCGUUUCGACAGAAAACGACCGAUCCGGCGUCGUUGGAUCUUCGUUACAAAACUCUUGAGGGGGAUUCUUCAGGGACUGGCUUGCAUGCAUUCACGCGGCAGAUUGCAUCAGGAAGGGAAGAUGUUGAGGCCGAUCGAGUACAUGAGUAAGGCGAUGCCAUCUAAAAAGUUGGCGAAGUCCACCUAUGAAAGGGAACUCUAUGCCCUUUACAAAGCUCUUGUCCAUUGGAGACGUUAUCUGCUUGGUAGGUUCUUUUACUUGAGGACCGACCAUCAGGCACUCAAGUGGAUUAAGACGGAGCCUGUUCUCUCCGAUGCACUCAAACGCUGGAUUGAAGUCAUGGAUCAAUAUGACUUCAAGCUAGAUUAUGUGAAGGGAGAGUACAACAAGGUUGUUGAUGCGUUGUCACGUAGGGAAGACUACCUAGGUGCGCUGAUUACUAGGUUUGGCCUAUCUGAUGAAGUAACUCGAUCGAUGGUGGAUGCCUAGAAGGAAGAUCCCCUCGUGAUGGACAUCAUAUGCAAACUAGAUGUG